GAAGUGAAGUGUUGUUAAGGUCAGAAUUAAUGGAUCUAGAAGUCGAGCGAGACUCAGCCCGACAAGACAUCAAAGAAAUGGAAAAUAUUUUAAUCAAACAACAGCAAGAAGCAAACGAGACUUUCAAAGUAGACAGAAAAAAUGAAAGGAAAGUACUAGAGUUGUCUUUAGACAACAAUAAACUGCAACGAGAGUUAGAAACACUCAAAACCAAGCUUGAACAGUCAGAAUCAACUCUUGAAAACGAAAACAAACUCCACCAGGAAAAGAUUGGAAUGUUACAGGAACAGUUUCGCGACGGACAGCGAUCUUUAGAGGAAAAUAUUCAGAGAUUAAGAAAACAACUUGAGGAAGAACGUGAAAACGCCCGCUCCUCGCACUACGAACGAAUCCACACGAUACAGAAAUUUCAAGACGAAUCAAAAGAAAUCCAGGAAAGAGAGAUCGAGGCUGUCAAGACUCGUCUAACAAGGGAAAACGAAGGGCAGUUGGAAAAAAUACAAGAAAAAACAAAAAGAGAGAUGGAUGGUCUUCUAAGAAGAAUUCAGGACGGAGAAUUUCGUAUUUCGCAGCUAGAAACCACUUUACGAGAAAAGGAACAAGAAGUUGAUCUUUUGAAAACCAAGUUAAUAGAUGAAAAGCAGAAAGCGUAUGACAACGAGAUUAGUUUGAAAGAAGAAAACAGUAAACUGGAAAACUAUGCAAAGGCACUGAAAGCAGAGGUGGAUUCACUGAGACAACGUGAAGCAAAUCUUUCUGCUUCAAACCGGACUUUAGAACAAAGCUAUGACGAAAAGAUACAAGAAACUCGUAGACUACAGGAUAAGAUCCAUAACCAGCUAGAAGAAUCGAACAAGUUGCAAGAGAAUAAGGAGGAUGAGAUUCAAAUGUUACGUGAUCUGGUCAGACAACAAGAAGACGCAACGAGACUUCUGGGUGAAAAACUAAGGACCGAAGCUCAAGAACAGAUCCGAAGCGCACUUCAAAGAGAACGUGAAGCGGUCGAUAAAGAACGAGAGAAACAGAAAGAAAAACUGGACGAGAUUAAAAACAGUUAUGACGAUAUUUUGAAGCAAGUUCGUGCUGAACUCGAAGAAGAAAGAACCAGCCAUCAUCAGCUUCAAACAGCAGCACUUAAAAUGAAGAAGGAAAUCGAAAAACUACGAGAAACAAAUUUACUCGCUCAAGAGGAAAAAGUAAAUGCAGUCGCGCAACUGAGAUCAGAAUCCAAAGAGCAAAUCGUUAAGUUGAAAGACAAAAUUCAAGAGCUGGCACUAGUUACGGAUAGAAAUGAAAAGGACAUAGUGUUGGAAAUUAACGAGGAAUGUCGCCGAGUGGCGGAUGUGAUUGGUGGAUCACCAAACACCACGCCCAUCAAGUCGAACAGUUUGUCCAGCAGUUUCACUGGUAGUAUCACAGGAAGAGAAAGUCCUGGAUCCAACACUAACAGUCCUGCCCGUGAUGCACUGGCAAAUCUAAAGUCGUGUAAUGCCGAGCUAAGACAACAUUUGAUUGAAGCCAGGAGGGAAAUGGAGUAUCACAAGAACGAUUCGUUCAGAAAACAGCCUGAUAGCGCAGAUCUAACACAACAACAGAUUAGUCUAUUCAAGAAGGCUCUCAAGAGUAAGGACGACGAAAUUGCCAGACUUAAAAGACGAGUGCAAGAAGACACGAACAAGAGCAUGGCGCAGUUUAAGUUAGAAAGAGCGGUUAUGCAGAAGACGAUAGACCGUCUUGAAAAAGAUCUCAGAGAAACAAGAAAAUUGAUUCCUGCGUCCAGUCCAAUUGUAAACGGCCAUUGCUCGUUAGAAAACACAAGCACCAGUGGAAUGGGCACGAGUUUCAGCUCAUGCGCAAGUCCAAGGCCUGGGGAGGACAGUUCCACAUSGAGGCUCUUACGUCACUUACAGGGUAGAGUUCAACAGCUUCGCGCUCAGAAUGAUAGUCUGAGAAGUGAUUCAUUGAAUGAGAGUCAGUCAAGUGUCAGUACUGUUGAUUCAACGUAUGUUGACGGUGCUGAAUUAGACCAAACCAGAAAACUCCACUCAGCUCUACAGCUUUCUGACCAGCGUGCUAACAGGAAUGCCGCCAUGUUGAGCCAAAAGAUGUUGGAGAUGACAAAACUACAGAAAAUGCUCACUCACGCCACAAAGGAAAACAUGAAAUUAGAAAGAGCGUAUGCAUCCUUACAGCAAAAGAUUAUUGAUACAUCGCCUUAAACUAACACCAUUCAUCGAAAAAACAAAAUACGUCGCCGCCAUAAUUUGUGCAACAUGGCAGCUUUGAAAAUCAAAUUUUCCUUCCAUGAAUUAAUUGAAAGCUUUAACGUGUCUGUCUUAUUAGUAUAGGAAAUCGCACGAUAUCGAGUACAAUUAGGAAUUUAUAGGUACGAGUGAUGUUUAGAAAGUUUUCAAAAUUUCAAAACAUCACGCGGAGUAUCUAUAAAUUCCGAA